UUAAGUUAGAACGACGUUAGUCACUCGGGAUAAGGCGCCGCGUUCGGAUGUUUUAAAGCGUUGUUCCAAUAACUGAAAUCACUUAGCACGUGCUACUGAUUACAGCUGUUAAUCAUUUUUUUCUAAAUACUUUGCACAAAACAAAGCUUUUCCAUGUUGAUGGGAUUCUAUUCUUGAUAGAAAAUCUCACUUCUUAGUGCAUCGAACGUAACAUACUGGAAUGAAAUCUAUCUUCGAAAGUGUGGGAAAAACUCAAAUCUGACUUAUCGCCAAAAACGAAAUGAUUCCGCUAAUUUUGGCACUCCUGGCUGUGACCACCUUUCUGGGGCUGUUCCUGUACCGGAAGUUUGCCGAUACGCUACACUACGGGGCACUUAUCGGGGGACCGAAAGGUUAUCCGCUGCUGGGAAAUGCACUAACCUUCGUCAACAAAUCGCCACCAGAUUUUUUCCUGGAAAUCCAAAAAAUCGUUCGGGAGGCGGGAAAAUGUUUCCGACUGUGGCUGGGCCCGGAAAUGCUCAUCAUCGUCACCGACGCCAAGAUCACUGAGACCAUUCUGAGCAGCCAGCAGUUUAUCGAAAAGUCCGGCGAGUACGACUUCAUUCGACCCUGGCUCGGGGAAGGAUUGCUAACUAGCAGCGACCGGAAAUGGCGGCGGCACCGGAAAAUCAUUACGCCCACGUUCCACUUCAAGAUUCUGGAAAAGUUCGUGGAAGUGUUCGAUCGGCAGAGCAACAUUUUCAUCGACCAGCUGCGCCAGAAUGCGGCCGGCGGGAAAUGUUUUGACGUUUUCCCCCUGGUGACUUUGUAUGCGUUGGAUGUUAUUUGUGAAUCAGCUUUGGGAACUUUGGUCAAUGCACAAAUCCAUUCGGACUCGGAUUACGUCAAAGCCGUAGCGUUAAGAGUAAGUUUACGACUGUUGACGAAAAUGAUUAAAAACAAACAGACAUAGGAAACAUGCAAAGCA